CAAUUCUGCUGCUCAUCUUCUCUCAGUAAACUUUGUCUUUCUGAUUGUAAAAGGUGCCUUGGUGUAUUCUUCUGUUGGAGAAAGAGAUGGCAAAUAAGACUGGAAACCAAAGAAAGUGUUUCACUUUCAUUUGGAAAUUAGAAAAUGCACGCUAUUGUUGGCAGAAAGAUGAACAGUACAUUCAAAGUCCCAUUUUUGUCGUGGAUCAAAUUAUGAAAUCGAAGUGGGCUUUGUUGCUUUAUCCAAGAUAUGGAAAGGACAAUAUUGGAUUUCAGUUACACAAAUUGCCUGACAGCAAAGAGACACCCGUAGAAAUAUAUUAUAAGAUCUUCUUCAUUUCUCUGAAUGGGACUGUCUCAAACUCGACUAACAUAGUAAAAAGAAUUUGUGACGAUAAAAGCACACAUGGAUUCUUAUGGAGCGUGAAACGAGAAAAUGUAUUACCUGCAAGCUCAGCAUUUCAUCAACAGGAUAUAUUAAAAAUUGGUUGUAGAAUAUGGAAAACUGUUGGAGAAUUCUCGGAAAAUGUGCAAUGUAUUGCUCGUACCCGUGUAGAGGUGGAGAAAAGGUUAUUCAUGUGGAACAUUGAAAAGUUCAGCGUUUUUCAAUCUGGACAAAGUUAUGUGAUCAAAUCGUUGAAGAGCAACAAAAAGCGGAUGUCUCUUAGCUUAUUUCUAACUCCCGAUGAAAAACUUCAUUUCCGCACUAUUGUAUACGAUAAAAGAAUAAAAUACUCCGGUUUCCACUUUUGUGCAGUAGAUAUUUCUAAAAAUACAAUCGCAGACCUGAGAGAUGAAAUUUGGUACGACGCACUCAAUGAAAGCAAAUCGUUCGAAUUAAAGAUGCUACUUACGAAGAAGAAAUUAAUGGAGAAGAAGAACAUUUAUUUACCGAAUGACGUUCUUUCCUUCAAAUGUAAGUGUGUGAUGACUUUUGAAACAAUAUCUGAAAAAACUGAGGGAAUCACCUGCGACUACAUCGCUUUUGAAAAUUAUGAAUUGGAUAAUUGCUCUUCUAAUGAUGAGGACAUAUUGUCUGUUUCUAAAAAUGUUUUAAAUGAGAGUUUCAAAUUACUGCUGAAAGAAGAACCUCUAUAUAAAAGCAUUAUGAUCGAUAAUUUACAAUCAUUAAUAAGUAAGGGCACUCUUUCUGAUAUAAAACUGAAGACAAGAACUCGGACCUAUUCAGCCCAUAUGUUUAUCCUCAGUGCUCGGUCUCCAGUAUUCAAAGCCAUGUUUUCGAGCAAAGUGGAGACAAAUAAUGGAUGCGUGGAUAUCGAAGACUUGGAUGAUGAUACAGUCACUGGCCUCCUUCGGUAUAUCUACAAAUCCGAAGUUAAAGAGCUUGAUUGGGAUACUGCAAGUAAGCUGUAUGUAGGCGCUGAUAAGUAUCAAAUUCUCGCUUUAAAGGACAUAUGUUCAUCCUACUUGAAAGCUAACCUUUCUGUGACCAAUGCCUGCGAGGCUCUACUUCUAGCAGAUAUGCAUCAAAACGAUGAGCUGAAAGGUAUUGUACAGAGCUUCAUCUUGAAAAACAGCAAGAUUAUAAUGAGCUCUGAACAUUGGGAAAAAUUAAUGAAAACUAAAGUACAAUUAGCCGCAGAAACAAUGCAUCUCAGUUUUAAGAAUUAAUCCAAAGAGCCGAUUGAAAUAUUGUUCAAGCUCUCUUUCAAAGAAGCAGUGACAUUUGUAUAAUGUGACUCAGAUUCUCUAUUACUUGAUGAAGAACUUAGAUAUCGAUAUAAAUCACACCUAUUUUGUAAAUGAUGUAUGGUAAUGGGUAUGGUAAUUUUGUAUGGUAAUUCUUGUCAAUAAAUAUAUUAGUGUGAA